ACUUCCCUUUUUCAUAAAAUUUCCAUCUUCAGUCGCAUUUUAUGCCAAAAAGAUUGAGAUAGGUUAGGGCUGAAAUACGGAUAAUGGAUUUUGGAAAAGCAGAAUCAUUAAUAUUUGUUCAGGAGGGAAAAAGUGAAUUGAUAGCGCGAUUACAGCAACCUCCACAUUCUGUGAAACUUGAAAUAGGAGAUGAGAAAAAAGAAGCAUUUGAAACCUAUUGUGGUCAGCAGACAGAUCAAAAAAGACUGUUUACUGAUGUAGAGGGGAAAAAGAAUAGGAAUGAUUCAAACAAAAAAUAUUGUGACCGCAGAAUUGGUUUGUCGAAACAGGCAUGGGAUAGAUGGAACAAUCUGAAGACAUCUCUGAAUGUACCCAGCCACAGUGAACUUGCUUGGCUGCUGAUGGAUUGUUGGUUUGAAAGACAAGAAUCUUCAGAACAGCAAACAAGUACUGUAGAUUCAUCAUUAAGUCAAACUACAGGUUUAGAUGCUGAGAAUGUAAUAAAGUUAGAGAAUGGUGAGAUUAAGGUAGAAAUUAACUCUGAUAACGAACAACCAGAAUCAGCAUCAAAUGAUUCUACAGAUGUAGAAUAUGAUGAGCUUGUCAACUUUGUGAAUAACAGGAAGAAAACGGAUGUUGAAAAUGUUUGCUCAAAAGAAAUGGAUCAUACUGAAAUGAAUUGUUCCACAGAAAACACCACAAUAAGUAAUACAGGUGAACUAACAGGUUUCAAUAAGAAGAUUGAUAAUACAAACACUCCCUAUGAUCCUGAUUAUAACCCAAAAGGUGAUACGUGGAAAAAAAGAGUACCAACAAACUUGAAGAAGCAUAUACCUAACUUUAAAACAGAGCAGGAAGGGAAGAAAUUUAAAAAAGCAUCACAAAAUGGCAAAAAGGAAAAGGGCAAAAUUCCCGAACCAAAGAAGCCAUGGGUAAAGAUACAGUUAACAGAUCAUGAAGAUAAAUAUAAAAUAGAAACUGUAGAAUCUUUUGCAAGAAUGAACCGCAAAAUAGAUGCCAGUGAAAAUCUAUAUUGUUGCUUAGUUUGUCAGCAUUUUAAAUGUGCUUCCAGAGAUAAAUUUGAAGAGCAUAUAGAAAAGCAUGUGAACAAGGCUUUAGAGUGCGAGUACUGUGAGUAUAUAGCCAACUCCGACAUUGCCAUUCGUGAACAUAAAUGGACCUGUUGCAAAAAUCCAGAGAAAAGCAAUUUAUGUUCAAUUUGUGGCCAUUGGACAGGAUCAAAUGAAAGUAGACGGCUCCACAUGGGAAAGGUUCAUGGUAUAGCGGAAUGGAAAUGUUUAUUUUGUGCAGAGAAGUUCAACACUCGGACAGAAAGAUUAGGACACAUGAGAAUUGCACAUGAGGAAGCCUGCCAGUACUGUGAAUGUUGCAAACGAAGCAAGCACCUUUUAAGUAAAGAUGAGUACAAGAGUCAUUUAGAGAGUUGCAGAUCAAACGUGCAGUGUCAGAUAUGUGGGAUGCUUAUAGCCGCACGUAGCAUACUUAAACACAUGAAUGACAAACAUGAGAAAAUAAGAAAACAUCAGUGUCCAAAGUGUCCAUAUGCAGCAAAAACCUCAAGGAGACUUAAGACGCAUCUCCUUUCUCACGACAAAAUACAUCCACACAGUUGUAGCCUGUGCUCAUUUACCUGUAUUCAGCCAAAUCAACUGAAAUCACAUAUGCGAACACAUACAGGAGAGAAACCGUACAAAUGUAAACAGUGUAAAUAUGCUGCAGCUUGGAAUGUACAGCUCAAGGAACAUGUCAAAGUUCACUGUAUGGAGACAGCUGUGAUGUGUCAGAAUUGUGAUGUAUUGUUCAAAAAUGAAAAGACUUUAAAUAUGCAUAUGAAAAAGGAACAUUUUAAGUAAUAAGUAAAAUUUAUUCAAGAAGUAAUAUAUCUCAUUUAGUGAUUUGUCACUGAAUAAAUCAAUGUGAAGGAAUUAUAUCACUAGUGAUAUAAAAAUACGCAUCUGAACAAUAAACAAUGAUUUUAUUUAAGAGCAAAUCACUAAAUGAGAUAUACCAUUUCAAUUCUAACACGUUGCAAAGGACUUUAAAAUACAUCCUUGAUGGCAUUUAUAAAUAUUGGCCCGUUUUCAAUCGGUUUCUUUUCCAAAGUGCUGCUUUGCCGUUUGACGUAAUAAUUGUUGGAUAAUAAUUCACCGUUUUCAGCCUUCUUUGUUUAAUAGGAAAAUGAAUCGGAUUGUUUCAGAAUAAUGUUCAUUUCAUUACAAUGCCUUAGAUAAUCACUUUUUAAAUAAAAACAUUUCAUUUCAUUACAAUGCCUUAGAUAAUCACUUUUUAAAUAAAAACAUUUACUACAAUAUAUACCUACAUACUAAAUGUG